CAGCCCUCCCCAUGUUUACUCCGAAGUAAGCCCCGCCAAAUUCCAUCGGUCUUACUCUCAAGCACGAGCACGGAGGACUGUAACCGUGGCUGGCGGAGAGUGUAACGGCGAGGUAAAUUCCUCAGGGGAGGAAAGACGCCCUCACCUGCGCCGACUUGGUAAAGCUGGCCAUGGCGGCGCCCACCCGCUCCAAGGCCGCGUUGCUGAGGGGGACUCUUCUCCCGGUCCCGAGCGGAAGGAGGACAGCCUGCAGCCGCAGCAACUAACUCCUCCUCGGGAAGCGGAAGCGACGCUUCGGCCGAGGCGGGCUCGCUGGGCAGGGGCUGUGAGGCCCCGUUAGCGGCGCGGGAGAUUCGAAGGGCGGCGGCUGAGGGAAAUCGGUGUGCCGUAUCGGACUCAUGGACCGGUACCUUCUCUUCAUGAGCUGGCGCGUCCGACGAGGCGAGGCGGGACCCGAAGGCCUCUCAGGUUUGACAGCUGAAAGUAUUUAUAAUUUAUUGGAAACCAACUGUAAUACCUCUCUAAAUGCAAAAGGUGAAGACUUUCCAGCAUGUUCACUUGGUGGGAUUCCAGGUGUGAAGGAAUGGUAUUUUGCAAUUCAGUCAAUAUGUGGAUUUUCUCAGUUCGGUAGUUCUGACUGGGAGCACAUCAAUUUUGACCUAGAGACAGAUCAAAGCAAAAACACUAUUCGAAGAAAUAUUGAAGAAUGCCUGGGUGAUUUUCAAAGGUUUGAGGAAGAUGACAGUAAUAGCCAGGAAUCCCUGUCACUGAUUGAUCUCUAUGAGGAAUCUGCAGACAGCAUACAUCUGUUAGCAGAUAGACUUCCUGCUCCUGGAAGAGCAAUGGUUGAUGUAAUAUUGCAAUCUUCAGAAAGAGAUGUCCCUAAAUUAAAAGAUUGCUUACCUGUCAUUGGUGCUUUGAAACACCUGAGAGAAUGGCAUGCAGCAAAAAUCACAAUUGUAGCAAAUGAAAGCAAAAUCAGUUGGCAAAAAGUUGCAGACUAUCUUUCUGCAGAUAUUGUGGUUCCUGAAAACCUAAAAAAUAGCAUUGAUUCAAGAGAAUUAUGGAGAGGAAAGAUUCAGAUCUGGGAGCGAAAGUGUGGAUCUGAAAUUACUUUUCCAGACUUUUGUAUAAAAGGCAUUGCACCAGGAAGGCAACUCAGUACCUUGCAUUUAAAUUCUUGCUUGCCUGCUGAUGAAACUGAACUUAGACAGAAUACAAAUGUUUGUUUGCCAGAGGUUUUCCAUUAUUAUUGUUCUGCAUUAAAAUUUGUUCAACUAGUGCUGCUAUCUCAUCUACCUUCGUAUUUAGUGUCGGGCCUUCAGUUUGAGCUGAGCUUGGCAAGAAUUGAUAUUGAGGAGAAAUCCUUGUUAUUUUGGGAUCAGAUUUCUUCUCUGCGUGGAAAGGUAGGAGCUUUAUUUGUAUUGCCUUGCAGUGUAAGUGGCAUGUUGAUUCCUUUACCUACUCAGCUGAGCACCAAAAAAUGGAAGGAAUAUAUAGCCCAGAAACCCAGAGUCAUUAAUGUUCCAGAAGUUGAACUGAAAGGAGAAACUUGCAACUGUUAUUUCUUGGUACAAGGCAAUGGCUGUGGAGGAUGUAAAGCAACGUUGAUCUAUUCAGCUAGUCAGAUCAAUGGCUCAGUCACCCUUGCAGAAACAAUUGGAAAAUUGACCACAAAGACAGAAAAAAUAGAAGCAGGUUUGUUUGAAGAAUUCGUCAGAUCUCUCCCACAUUUGUGUGGAGAACAGAUUUUACACAGAGAGAAGAAACUGGCUUGUGUCCAAACAUUGGCUUUGAAUCACUGCCUGAAAAGCCAAGUGUCUGCCAGACAACUGCCGAUGAUUUCAGCUGAUGAACUGAAAACCCUGCUGACAUGUACCAGAGAACAUUUUUUAGAGUUGUGGAAUACCAGCCAUUCAAAUAGUGUUUGUCCAGUGAUAGCUGUCAAAACCAAAGGCCAGGGCACAGUGUGUGAUUUACAAUUAAAAGAGUCAAAUCCUUUGAAGUGGCCAGAAAGAAAUGUCCUUCAGAACUUAGAAAAUUGUGAAAAAAUUAAACAAAAAGCAAGAGUUUCUGAACAACUACUUGUCCAUAAAGAUGACCUCAAGGGGUCUACAGCAUCACUUGAUGCUAAAGAGCUGUUGAAGUAUUUCACCCCAGAAGGCCUGCCCAUUGGGGAUCUGCAGCCUUUGCAUAUUCAAAAAGGUGAAAAUAGUUUCCUUCUGACACCAGAGCUGACACCUCGAAAACUGAGAAGUUUGCCUUUUGAAAAAGCUGCUGGCUGCCAUUAUCAUGGUCUUGAAUACUGUCUAGACAACCGAAGAGCUUUGGAAAGAGAUGUGGGAUUUGCUGAACUUCAGACUCGUCUUAUUCGUUGUGAAACUCAGACUACCUGCACAAAGGAGUACUGCCCUGUGCCAUGUGUCUUGAGCCCUCUGCCAUCUCCUGCAGUUUUGUCAGAGCCCGGAAGUGUCCCGGAUGGGGAGUCAUUACAAAGGGAGCUCCAAACAGAGGCUUCCAGGCUAAAACGCAGAUCAAAAGACCUGGAUAGCUUUUAUCUCAACAAGAGGUUACUGAAAUCUGAAAGUACAGAUUCUCUCUUGUCCCAGGCAAAUGGAAGCAGUGGAAGUCGCCAUUCAGGAGUUGUUACAAGGCAGUGCCAGGAAAUGUCAGUCUCCCUGCCUUCUGCACUGGUGAAAAUGUCUCAUAACCGAGUGCAUAAGGUAACCCCGAAGAGCAGCUCAGCAAGCCAGAGGGGUGGAAAACAGCCAGAAAUACUGAAGCCCACAAAGGAAUCAAGGUCUCAGAAACAUACACGGAUGCUGAAGGAGGUGGUGAUGAAAACCCUUGAGCAGCAUGGCAUUGCUGAUGAUCACAAGUGCUUUGCAACAUGCAGCCAGCGUCUGUUUGAGAUAUCCAAGUGUUAUUUAAAGGAUCUGAAAACAUCUAGGGGUCUGUUUGAUGAAAUGAAGAAAGCCGCUACCAGCAAUGUCAAACAGGUCAUUGAAUGGGUUUUAGAAAAGACCAAGGAGAAAUGACACGUGUCAAGAGCCCUUGCCGUUCCAUGAUGAAUCAUUUUUGAGUAAGCACAGCACAUUAAGUUAAGAGCUUGGAGUGCCUUGUGAUGUAGCUGAAGUGCCGAAAACCAACAAAAACUGCAGUGUGGUAUGCUCAAAGGUCUGUUGAAAUGAAAAUUGCUUUGAAUUAAACCAUAUGUAUAUAUGUAGAUAUACACACCACUUAUGUCAUAAUGUAUAAAAGCACAUGAUUGAACCUUUUUUGCUUUUUUUGUGUGUGGCUUGUACCCCUUUUUUAUUUAAAACAAUAAAAGCCAGGUUUCUAAACA